GUCUUUCAGGCGAUAUUUCUAGUGUGACGUAUAAUCUAGUGGACGGAACGCUUCUUCAACAACUGCAGCCACCUCGGUAGCUCGCGAGACAACAAACUCGGAACAUUCAAGUUCUUUAGACAAUUUCCUGGUUUAAUUGCCACUAUGAUUUAAACAUACUUAUGUGGAAACAACGAGCUACCCCAUUUAAUAGAAUAUUUACGUUCUAAGUCAACUAGCUGGCUGGUUAAGUUAGCACUAGUCUAGUCGCUAAUGCUAACAAGCUAUUAUCCUCGACCAUGAGCCUACUAAGCUACUCUCCUCCUGAUAAAGAAGAGGCGAUCUACUGGACGGAGAAAGAAGUGAAAGAGGAGGAUGUUACAAUACAAAAUGAAGUAGAGGGUGAGGCUGCUGCCGUGAAAGAAGAAGAGAAAGACGUUACAGAGAAAGACGCCUUCGGAGUGGAGGAGGAUGUUACUGUGAAAGAAGAUGAAGACGUUUUUGGAAUGAAGGAUGAAGAGGGGGAGAUUACUGUCACAUUAGAGGACGACGAAGAAGAGAAGUCUGGAGAUCUUAUUAAGACCAGUAAAUACAGAGAGAGACGGGACUAUCGUGGACAUUAUGAUGCUGACGAGGCAAAGCAGAGUCUCAAGACUCUGAAACACCAGCAGAGACCCACAGGAAAGAAAUCUCACCGCUGCUGUGACUGUGGGAAAGAUUGCAAAUCUUCAUCAGAACUUAAAAUACACCAGCGAGUACACACUGGAGAGAAACCUUACUGCUGCUCCGACUGCGGGAAACUUUUCUCAGGAUCAAAUUCACUAAAAGUACACCUGAGAAUUCACUGGAGAGAAAUCUCACUGUUGCUCUGACUGUGGGAAACGUUGCAAAGAUUCAUCAGAACUUAAAAUACACCAGCGAGUACACACUGGAGAGAAACCUUACUGCUGCUCCGACUGCGGGAAACUUUUCUCAGGAUCAAAUUCACUAAAAGUACACCUGAGAAUUCACUGGAGAGAAAUCUCACUGCUGCUCUGACUGUGGGAAACGUUGCAAAGAUUCAUCAGAACUUAAAAUACAUCAGCGAGUACACACAGGGGAGAAGCCUCACACUGUUCAGAUUGUGGGAAAAGCUUUUCAACAUCACAGACUUUGAAGCUGCACCAGAGAACACACACAGGAGAGAAACCUCAUACCUGUGAUCAAUGUGGGAAGUGUUUUACUCAGUCAAGCUGCCUGAAAUCACACCAGAAAAUACACACUGGAGAGAAACCUUAUAGCUGUGCUCAAUGUGGGAAUUGUUUUGUUACAUCUAGCAACCUGAUAUCACACCAAAGAACACACACAGGAGAGAAAUCUUAUAGCUGUGAUCAAUGUAGGAAGAGUUUUGGUACAUCUCAAAAU